ACUCUGGUGGCAAUUUCUAGUAGUAAUAAAUCAUCCAAGUGUCUAUAUGCAUUUAUAAAGGCGUCACAUUGUUCUUCCUUUGGGUCUUUCUAUACUCUGGAAAAUUGGGAGUGCAAUAAAAAGAGAGUUAAGCAGUAAUAAGAAGCCUUCCAUUUUGUGUAGCACUAUUGCACAUUAUUGCAUUAACCAAAAUUUCUAAGUGGGUCAAUGGGAACAAGCAGAUUGAGACUGAGAGCUAUGGUGCUUCUUCUCUACAUGACUUUAGCAUCUGUUUCUCUCACUCGUUGUGAUGCAGAUAGAUCAAUGAGACUACUAUUGAAAGGCCCUAAUAAACAUAGAAGGAACAUAACCAACAAUAAGAUCACAAAGAAAUUGAAAAUGACAAAGAAAAUUGACCUUAACCCAAACACAUUUUCAUCAAACGCACAACCAUAUAGUGUUAGCUCCCCAUUUUCUUUGCCACCUUAUGAAUCACUACCUCCAGUUCCAUUACCAGACAGCAAUAGCAACCCUCCAUAUUGUGUGUAUCCGCCUCCAACUUCACCUUCAGCCAACAUUCCAACCCCCACAGGGUAUCAAUCAUCACCCCCUUACUAUUACUCCUCACCAACAAUUCCAACCCAAGGCCCACCACCAAGCCCAACAACAAUCAUUACCCCAGGCCCACCUGAGUCAUUCCCUAGCCCAACAACAAUUAUCCCAGGCCCACCUGAGUCCUUCCCCAGCCCAACAACGCCUGACAUUGUUCCAAGCCCACCAGAGAAUGUGCCGGGCUCACCGGAGCCCAUAGAGAAUCCCCCAAUUAUUAUACCAGGCCCACCUGGCCCAUCAAUGAGCCCGCCUUCUUUUGAGCCCACCCCACCGUACUACAUUCCGUCCCCUUCUAGCGGUGGUGUCAACCCUGGCCCACCAACUAUUUAUCCGUCACCAACCGGAGGCAAUGUCCCCAGCCCCGUAGUGUUUCAGCCGCCCGUGAUCUACCCACCACCAAGUGUUCCACCGCCGCCGAACAUGGCUCCUAGCACGGCGUUGUGGUGUGUAGCCAAGCCAUCAGUCCCUGACCCAAUUAUCCAAGAGGCCAUGAAUUAUGCUUGCUGGUCAGGGGCAGAUUGCACUUCUAUUCAGCCUAGUGGGCCUUGUUAUGAGCCCAACACUGUUUUUGCACAUGCUUCAUAUGCUUUUAAUAGUUAUUGGCAAAGGACUAAGGGUGCUGGUGGCAAUUGUGAAUUUGGAGGGACAGCCAUGUUGGUUGCUGUUGAUCCAACUUUUGUUUUUGCAGGCUACGAUGGAUGCCAUUUCACUUACAAUUGACCAAUGGAAAGCAAUCAUUGCUCUUUCAAUGCCCCUUUCUUUUUUUUCUUUUUUUGUUGUUUCUGAUUUUAGCAAGAUAUUUACCACUUGAAACCGCGCGCGUAUAAGACUUGAAGAGUGAAGAUCCUCUUUGUUCUCGUAAUCUCUCUUCUCCCUUUGUGUAAGAUGUGGAUUUUGUAAGUAACAUAGAAUGGUACCAUUGAAUUGUAGAGUAUUUCUUACCAUUUAAUCAAAUUAACUCGUUUGUAGCAAA